GGGGGGGCUGGUGGGAUGGAGGUGUCAGAUCUGCCUCCGCAGGGAGCAAAGGAAGUGAGGAGAUAAAAGGGACUCUUCAUCCCUCGGCCUCAGGAGAUUUGGCUCCUCUCCAGGCCGUGCCUGCCUGUGGGCCUUCCAGGCCCCAAAGCGCUGCUAAGAGCCCAUGGGACACGAGGCGCUGCAGAAAUGUCAAUAUUGUGCGUAGAGUGGAAAACCCUGGAGCCCUGCCUGGAUAGCCGGCGGCGCCCGCAGGUAGGCAGCCCCGCUGUGGGGAGGGCCCUCGCGGGCUACUGCUGUCCUUCUCUCCGCCAGCCCAAGAUCGUGGAGGCGCUGCUGGGCUACGAGAUCGUGCAGCUGGCCUGUGGCGCGUCCCACGUGCUGGCCGUUUCCAACGACCGCGAAGUGUUUGCCUGGGGCAGAGGGGACAAUGGUCGGCUGGGGCUGGGAAGUCUGGAGUCCUACAGCUCUCCCCAGCAGGUAGCUCUUCCGCCGGAGCAGGAGGCUCACAGAGUCCUGUGCGGGAUUGACGCCUCCAUGGUCCUGACGGUGCAGAACCGGAUUCUCGCUUGUGGGAGCAACAGGUGA